AUAAAAAAAUUACUACGUAAAGACAGACAUUGAACGCGUCUUUUUUCACUCACAAAUAUAAAGACACCCUCGGUAUCAAAGUUUGACAGUUGUGACUUGAUAAUAAACCACGUGAAUAUAAAAAAAUUUUGUUUGUAAAAGUGAAAUAAUAUUUAAUAAAUAUAUGAGGGAGUAGCCCGGGCUUGUAUAUACAAUGGUUUGAACAUUGAGAUCGAAUCGAGGUGAUUUUCUUUCUCUCUCUCUCUCUAUCUCCAUCUUUCUCUCUCAGUCGUUCUAUCUCUUACUCUGUUUUACACGACAAAAGUAAGAUAAAGAUAAACAUAAAUGACAGAAGUAAGAGCAAGUGAGAAAAAUAUCUUGUUGGUAAUACCCAGCUAGCAUUAACUUGUGGGUUGUGUAGUAGAGUAGCAAGCAGUUUAAAGCACAAGUGAAUUGUGUGUGAUUUCUUUGGCAUCAUUCGUAUCAUCGCCCUCGACAUAGUAUAGUGCAGAGAGAGAGUGCAUUAAUAAUUUUAUAUAUCUACAUACAUACAUAUAAAUAUAAAUAUAUGAAUGUGCUGUUAGUGUUUGUGCCGUGUUUUUAUACCGAAUUGUCUGCGUUGAGUCUGAUCAAGCUGUGCCAAUUGUAAAAGUGUUAUUAUUUUUUUUUUAAAUUUUACUUUGGUUUUGAGUUUGAAUUUGACAGUUUAAUUAUUAUUAUUAUUAAUAUAUUAUUAGUUUUUAACCGUUUAUUUAUUAUGCUAUUGUGAUAAGCCAACGAGUUGUGAAAUAACAACACUGGUAGGUUGGCGUCAUGAGCAGCAGAUGACUGUUCAUUAGCCGAGCCAUUGCUCGUACAACUUUAAUAUGAGCGAAGUCGUAGCCGUGACAGUGGUGCCGAAUGGUGGACAAAAUCGUCAGGAAUGUGUGACACACAUCAAACGUCACAAAUCAUCAUCCGGCUGCAAUGUUCCUCUUGUCCAUGGCAGGCCAAACCCACCAAUCAACGUACGCAACAGACUGACCACUCAUCAACGAAACCAUAGCUUGGACUUUAGGUCGAUGGGUAUCCUACUUCCUCCGGUACCGCAAGCAACUGUUACAACACUUACGCUGCAUCACAGAAAUCGAAGUCUUGAUUCAGCGUUGCAACGUAUCCCAGAAGUUGAUGUUACACCAAGUCCAGAAUGUGAAACAGCACCAGAUUCAGCGAUUAAAGUAUCAACGCAAUCAUCAAUUAUUAAAUCACGUAGUCGCGAGCGUGAAGAUCUAGCAAGUCUUGGUUCUGAUGAUUCGGGUAUACUGUGCGGGUCGGAUAGUGGUUCCAGUGAUGCUGCAAAUGCAACAACUCGAGAGUCUAGUGUCGAUCAUUUACAUAGCCGUGAAAGCUUAGACUCAUCGUUAUCGCAGGCCGGUGACAUGGAUUGUGUUGAUGCUGUUGACGGUGAUGAACCUGUCUCAGUGUCACUGGACGUUAUGGAAUCCCAAUCAAAGGAGACUCAGUGCAUUCAUCUACCGGAAACAUGUAUUGAUAGUGUGGAACAGCAACAACAACCGCAUCUAAAUAAACACAUUGUUGCUAAUGAAAAGCAAACGUUAGUGAAUGGUGACCGAACUUCGACUCGACAACUUGAGAAGAUUAAUGUAAACGGUGAUUACACCAAUGAAUUACGGGAUGAACAACCGAGCUGCGGUAAUAAUGGUUAUCAUAAUACACUUGAAGUUGCGAUGCAAAGUGAAUUGGCUGGUGCUGCGAUGACUUUGUGUUGUGGUGCUACACAGCCAGAUGAUGAUACCUCGAAAAAACCAUUAGAGAUACGACGACAAGAAACAGCACAACCAAAACCUACUGAGAGUUGUCUCCUCAGGUUAUUUGAAAGCCAAAUUUUUGAUAUGUCCAUGGCUAUUUCUUAUCUCUUUAAUUCUAAAGAGCCGGGUGUGCAGAGUUAUCUCGGCAACAAGUUAUUUAGCUUCCCAGAUAACGAUGUGGAUUUUUAUUUACCCCAAUUGAUCUUGAUGUACAUACAAUUGCACGACGUCACGGAGGUUCUUUAUCCAUAUCUCGUUCAUAGAUGUAGGCAAGCCGCAGACUUCUCAUUAAAGUGCGCUUGGCUGUUGGAUGCAUACAGCUCAGACGCUCAUUUACCAUCUAAAAAAAAGUCUCACGGGACCAAGCUCAAAAAUCUUAUUUUAUCUGACGAAUUGAGAAAAAACAGGCCAAAGGGAAAUGAAAUAACGAGGAAGCAGAAAUUUAGCGGAAUACAAGUACCCGCACCGCCACCCUUGCCUACCGCUCAAAUGGUGGCAUCGCCCAAUAAAAAAACCCACCAAAGAUCACAGUCCGAUGCCACGGGUCUUUUUCAAUCGUUACGUCGAAGCCAUUCCGGUGUAGUAAAUAAAGUAAGCCUUGGGGACCUGAGUUCCGGUCGAGCAUUCGACAACGGAUGUACCUGUUUUGAUUCCUGCCAAGGUGUGGUUAAUGACUUACGAGGCCAGAAGACUGAUUGCUUCUGUAAUGCCCCCCGGCUCGCUCCAGAGCUUGAGUUCAUUCAGGCACUGAUAUCAAUUGGGAAAUUGCUUGGAACUAUUCCUACAAAGGAGAGUAAAACUGUUCAAUUAGUUGCUGAGUUAAAUACACUCAAUUUGAAUUUACCAGCAAGAGUGUGGCUUCCGUUACACAGUACAAUUCCACAUCAUAUCGUAAGAGUACCACCGCAAUAUGCUGCAGUCCUCAAUAGUAAAGAUAAGGCUCCGUAUAUUAUUUACCUUGAAGUACUCGAAGUGGAGGAUCUUUAUACUUCACCAGUUCCUACUAAAGUAAUGGGAAGUUCAUUAAGACAUACUAAGUCAGAAGAAAAUUUAACUGGUAACGAGCAAUCUUCAGACUCAACAAAUGGCUCAAAUGCAGCAGCUCAACAACAGUCGAUACGACAAACUCCAAACAAAAGUAUUGUUAGCAAAAGUGGAGAUAUUGCAUUUAAUUAUCUUGAUGAUGACCCUGCGGAUUGUUGGAGUCAAGAGGAUGAUGAAAUAACACAACAGUAUUUACAACUUCGUAAGCCUCGAGAUAGAGAUACGAUAUCACAAUUGAGUCAAGACAGUUCAGAUAGCCGUGAACCGGUAUUUGUGCCUGGUGAUAUUAAACGAAGAUUAAGUGAACUUGCUGCGACCCCUAGUGCGACAUUUAAUCAUGAUCCAGAAGAUCCAUCAGCAGCGGUACUAAAAGAACCUUGGGAAUUAAAACAACGUCGUAUAAGAACGUCUAGUCCUUAUGGUCACUUGGCGUCAUGGCGAUUAUUAGCUGUUAUUGUUAAAUGUGGCGAUGAUUUACGUCAAGAAUUACUUGCAUCACAAUUAUUAUCAAUGUUGCAAAAAAUAUGGCAAGAUGAAGGUUUACCGCUGUGGGUUAGACCUUACAAAAUUUUAUGUUUGUCUAAUGACAGUGGACUGAUUGAACCAAUAUUAAAUACCGUAUCACUACAUCAAAUAAAAAAACACUGUCAAUUAACGUUAUUACAAUAUUUUGAGCGUGAAUUUGGUCCUACUGAUUCUGAAGAAUUUGUUGAAGCUCAAAAUAAUUUCGUCCAAAGUUGUGCGGCUUAUUGUCUUGUUAGUUAUCUUAUUCAGGUUAAGGAUCGACAUAAUGGCAAUAUAUUAUUACAUAGUGAUGGACAUAUUAUUCAUAUUGACUUUGGUUUCAUAUUAUCAACAUCACCAAGAAAUUUAGGAUUUGAAACUAGUCCAUUUAAAUUAACACCCGAAUUUGUUGAAGUUAUGGGCGGUAGUCAAUCUAAAAUGUUUCAACAUUUUAAAAGUCUUAUAUUACAAGGACUCGUCGCAGCACGUAAACACAUGGAGAAGGUCGUAAACCUUGUGGAAAUAAUGCUCUCAGGCUCACAACUUCCUUGCUUUCGCACUGGUGGUGCAGCAACCGUUCAAGGACUAAAAAAUCGAUUUCACUUAACAUUAACAGAGGAUCAAUUACGACAACACGUCGAGGACCUCGUCGAGGGCAGCAUUCAUUCGUGGUCAACCAAAUUAUACGAUCGAUAUCAGUACUUUGCCAACGGCACAUUAUAAUUAUUGUCGGUAAAAUUAUUGUAUUUAUUUUAAAUUUUGCUUCCUGAAAUUGUUUUACAUUUUCUUCAUGAAAAAAAAAAUAUCAAUAUAAAUUUUACUGACUUUUUUAGUAUCGCUAAUUAAUAUAUUUUCGAUACACAAUUAAAAAUUGAAAAAAAAAAAGUACAGAUAAAGUUUUUCUGGCACAAGAAUGAAAAUGAAAUAAUUCAUUACAAAGCUUCCUUAUAUUUGUUUCAUUUUAAUUUAUAAUAAUUUCUAUUUGAAAAAAAUUUUUUAUUUUAUAAUGACAUGAUUUUAAUAUCAAUGCGUCAGAUAUUCAUUAAUAUUUAAUUUAUGAAAACGAUUAGAUAAUUUAAUCAGUAGAUUUUUAAGAUAUUAUUUAAAUAAACAAAUGUCAUUUUUUUACCGUUUUAAUUAACGAUUGUUAUUUUAUUUGAUUUUUUUUUUUUUUUUUAUAAAUAUAAUUUCAUUUCCAAAUGAUAAAUGUACAUGAGUAAAUAUCAUAAUUACGCUUCGGAUAACAAUUACAUGUUGACGUAUCAUCAUCGAUGCAGACUAAUAUGGUAAUUGACUGAAGAUUAAAACAAAAUAAUUAUAAAUUGCUAGAUGAUUUUUAGCUUAAAUUUAAAUAAAUUAAUAAAUAACUGAAUAAUUUGUCGAUGGUGCCUUAUUUGUAGGUAAUGAUACAGCCAAAUGAUGCUGGUUAUAAGCAUGAAUGUUGUAUCGUUGUAUCGAACACAUAUGAAUGUUGCAAGCAAUUAUUAAUCUGUAAACGCUGUAAAUAAAAGACUAUUGAUUAAA